AUGCUCGCGUCACUCCUCUCCCUCUCCCUCCUCCCCCUCCUAACCUCCGCCCUCCCCAACCCCAACCCCAACCUCGACAUCCCGCUCCGCGCCCGCCAAGCCCCCGCAACCGCAAUCUGGGUCUCCGUCGACGCAAGCGGCACACCCGUCACAACCGUAACCCCCCACGAGACCACCAUCGAAGGCACGCCCACCCUCGCCGACGCGGCCCCGAACGAGGUCACCGGGACGGUAUUCACUCUCACCGAGAACGUCCAGAUCACCACGAGCACGGGGUCGCGCGUGCCGGCUCCGACGGGGACGGAUGGGAAGAAUCCCUCGGGGGCGUUCGCGCGAUGCUUUAAGGGGGAUGAUGAGGAGUUUGCGCCGUUUUGCGAUCCUGCGAAGGACUCGCAGCUCUACGUCGAUCGCCUAUACUAUGUAACCUGGAACCCCGACUUCUUCAACGACACCCUCAAGACCUCUACCAACACCACAGCAAAGUGGCGCAUCUCCAUCGUAGCCAACCGCAUCUCCUCCACAAACGACUCCGACACCAUCAAGGCCUUCGAAACCACAGACACCCUCCCCGCCGCUUGGGGCGUCUAUCCCUGGAAAGUCACCUCCUCCGUCCUCGAGUCCAAGCAGCCCACCAACCUCACCCUCUCCAUCGUCGCGUCGCGCGAAGGGCAAGCCGAGACCGUCGAGCAUAAGGGGCCUACUGUCUACGUUACGUAUGCGCCUGCUUUCAAGACGCAGGGCCCUAGGUUGCCCAAGGGUGCUGAACUAUAUAUUGCCCUACCGUCUGUGGCUGCGUUCAUUCUCAUUAUGCUGUUCGGUACGUGUUGGUGGAAUAAGAAGGUUCGACACGUCGGUAUCGGAAAUAUCAUGAGCAGGUCCCGACACGGCUACGGCGUCGGAAAGGCCCGCGCGAAGAGGCUCGCCGGGAACGUCAGGAAGAGCUUGAGGAGGAAGGAGGAGAGGGGCAUCAUGCUCGAGCAGUGGGACGAUAUCUCCCGCGAGGAUUUGAGCCACGGAGGUGAGCGGUACAAGGAUGUCCCCGCGCCCAGGCGUGACAGCGAUGUCUUGGGUAGUCUCGCCGGUACGCCCGUCAAUGACAGGUUCCCUUCUUCGCCUGCGCCGAGGGAUGGCGAGGGGAGGAAUGUCUUUAGGGAAGAGAUGCAGAGGCAGGACCGUCUGGCGCGGGAUCGGCCGAAUUACUAG